AUGCUGGCCAUCCGAGCCUUCUCCAGCCCCAUUGCCCGGCCGGGCCUGCGCGCCGCCCCCCGCGCUGCCGCAUCCUGGUCGGCGGCUUCGCGCUGCUAUGCCACUGCUGGCGAGCGCGUCGCCAAGUACGAGGGAACAAAGGACUCCAAGGGCAACUACCUCGUCAGCUUAAUCGAGGGCGAUGGCAUUGGCCCCGAAAUCUCCCAGUCCGUCAAGGACAUCUUUGCCGCCGCCAAGACACCCAUCGCCUGGGAGUCGGUCGACGUCACCCCCAUCAUCAAGGACGGCAAGACGGCGAUCCCCGAUGCUGCCAUUGAGAACAUUAAGAAGAACAAGAUUGCCCUCAAGGGCCCUCUCGCUACCCCCGUCGGCAAGGGCCACGUCUCGCUCAACCUGACUCUGCGGCGGACCUUCAAUCUCUUUGCCAACCUGCGACCCUGCCGCUCCGUCGCCGGCUUCAAGACACCCUACGACGACGUCGACACGGUCCUGAUCCGAGAAAACACAGAGGGCGAGUACUCGGGCAUCGAGCACGUCGUCGUCGACGGCGUCGUCCAGAGCAUCAAGCUCAUCACCCGCGAGGCCAGCGAGCGCGUCCUGCGCUUCGCCUUCCAGCACGCCGAGGCCAUUGGCCGCAAAAAGGUGCGCGUCGUCCACAAGGCCACCAUUAUGAAAAUGUCCGACGGCCUCUUCCUCAGCGUUGCCCGCCGCGUCGCAAAGGACUUCCCCGCCAUUGAGUUUGACGCCGAGCUCCUCGACAACACCUGCCUCAAGAUGGUGACGGACCCGGACCCCUACAACGACAAGGUCCUUGUCAUGCCUAACCUCUACGGCGAUAUCCUGUCCGACAUGUGCGCUGGCCUCAUCGGCGGUCUCGGCCUUACCCCCUCGGGCAACAUUGGCGACGAGUGUUCCAUCUUCGAGGCCGUCCACGGCUCCGCCCCGGACAUUGCCGGCAAGGGCCUGGCCAACCCCACCGCCCUGCUGCUCAGCUCCAUCAUGAUGCUGCGGCAUAUGAGCCUCACCGCCCACGCCGACAAGAUUGAAAAGGCAAUCUUUGACACCCUCGCCGAGGGCAAGACGCUGACGGGCGACCUGGGCGGCAAGUCCAAGACGCACGAGUACGCGGGGGCAAUCAUCAAGAAGCUGUAA